AUGGAUGCUUCUGCUUGGCCAACCACCAUAACAGCAAUGAAUGGUUCUACUUGCUCUUCUAAUGCUACUAUUUGUGAUGAAAACUCCUGUGUGUUGCCUGAGGAUGAUUACAACAGAAUUCUAAGUACUGUCCUAAGUAUUGUUAUUACCACCAUGUUGGCUUUAGUGAUGUUUUCCAUGGGUUGCAAUGUGGAAAUCAUGAAAUUCUGGGGUCAUAUAAAGAGACCAUGGGGCAUAUUUGUGGGCUUCCUUUGCCAGUUUGGAAUUAUGCCCCUCACAGGCUUUAUCCUCUCGGUGGCCUUUGACAUCCUCCCUAUCCAGGCUGUUGUAGUACUCAUCAUGGGCUGUUGUCCAGGAGGAACAGCUUCCAAUAUUUUGGCUUACUGGACUGAUGGUGACAUGGACCUGAGUAUCAGCAUGACAACAUGUUCCACCCUGCUCGCCUUGGGAAUGAUGCCUCUUUGUCUCUUUAUUUAUACCAAAAUGUGGACUGAUACUGGGUUGAUUAAAAUUCCCUAUGAUAGUUUAGGUAUUUCUUUAGUUGCUCUCGUCAUUCCUGUUUCUGUGGGAAUAGUUGUCAAAAACAAAUGGCCAGAGAAAGCCAAGAUCAUCCUUAAGGUUGGUUCCAUAACAGGUGCAAUUCUCAUAGUGGUCAUAGCAGUGACUGGAGGCAUAUUGUACCAGGGUGCCUGGAUUAUUCAUCCUAAAUUGUGGAUUAUAGGAACCUUGUUUCCUUUCUUUGGUUAUCUACUGGGCUUCAUCCUGGCUAGGGCAGCUGGUCAGUCCUGGCAGAGAUGUCGUACAGUGUCUUUGGAAACAGGAAUGCAGAACACUCAGCUGUGUUCAACAAUAGUACAACUGUCCUUCUCCCAAGAAGAGCUUAAUCAGAUGUUUACCUUUCCACUCAUCUACAGUAUUUUCCAACUUGGGAUGGCAGGAAUAUUCGUGGGAAUCUACAUCUUUUACAAGAAAUGGUCUGGCAAAACUAAGACGGAAUUUGCAGAAAACAGCAAAAAUAUAACAGAGUCUGAGCCAUCCAAUUGUAUGCAGAAUGGAGGCUUUUCUCAGCAAGAAGACUAG